AGGUGUUUUUGAGUUUUUGCGGAGACUCGGAAUAAACAAUGGGGGAAGUGUAUGACGUGAUGUGGGAGAAGCAUCACGCGGCUUCGUUCGAUGCUUUCGUGAAUUUGAGGCUUCGCGAAUCCCUCGUUGACGUGGCCUUGUUCUGCGGCGGGGAGUUGAUCCAAGCGCAUAAAUUGGUCCUCGCUGCUUGCAGCGACUUUUUCGACCGUCUCUUCAGUUCACUUGCCCCCGAGGAAUUGGGUCGGUGUUCAGUUGUCGCACUGCCGAAAAUUGACGCCACGCUGUUGAAACUCUCGCUUGACUUCAUGUACUCGGGAAAGGUUACCGUGCCGAGCGAGAAGUUGGACGAGUUCAUGACGUUCGCAGACCUUCUUGAGAUACGAGGCUUGAAGAGCGAAGGCCCUCAGUCUAAUGAAGCUCUGGACACCAGUGGAACUGCUCUACCAUGCAAGCAAUUCAAAGGCAUGUCUUUUGUAUUGAAUUCCCCCAAGAAACGCUCUGCCGCGUCAACGAAAAAUUCUUGCGAAUCUGCCAAGCGUAUGAAGUCAGACCCUGAUUUGAAUGAGGUGAAUGACGGAGUUGAUUGUGAAGCGUUUUUCGAGGACUCGUCGAAUAGCUUUCAAGAGAUGGACAGGAACGAGCCCAAAAAUAUCCCAGCAUCCAUUAAAGCUGAUGAGCCCCUGGUGCGAGUUGGCAAGCACUGCUGGCGUGGGAAAGACGCGUCAUCUCGCGGCUAUUCCUUCUUUUGCGACCUGUGCGGACACGUGAGCACGUGGAAGCGAGACGGACUUCGACACGAGCGGAAGCACACUGGUGAGCGACCUUUUGCGUGUCCCGAGUGUCCCGUGUCGUACACGCGGCGUGAACACCUGCGACGGCAUCUGAGCAGCUGCAUUGCUGGUGGUGAAUGGCGGCAGCAAAGGUGA